AUAGCUGGCCUGGCCGCCCCCCAUGUCCCCCCACCGCUCGGCCCCCUCCCCGCUCGGACCCGGUUAGAGCCGCUCGGGGUGUGACAGCUCGGUGUCCCGGUCCGGGGAUCUCACUGGGGGGAACACGGAGCCAGCACCACGGAUUCCUGUGCGAGACGCCUGCAGCUGGACGCCAUGUCCACCAAAGCGGAGCAAUUUGCUUCCAAGAUCCGAUACCUACAAGAAUACCACAACAGAGUGCUUCAUAACAUAUAUCCUGUGCCAUCUGGAACAGACAUAGCAAAUACUUUGAAAUACUUCUCGCAAACAUUAUUAAGCAUUUUGUCCCGAUCAGGCAAGAAGGACAACCAAGAUGCCUCCAAUUUGACAGUGCCCAUGACCAUGUGUCUUUUCCCCGUGCCAUUCCCUCUCACCCCAUCUCUAAGACCACAGGUCAGUUCCAUCAAUCCUACUGUUACUCGCUCCCUCCUUUACAGCGUCCUGCGUGAUUCUCCAUCAGAACGGGGUCAGCAAAGCCGGGAUGCUCAGUUAUCAGAAUACCCAUCACUGGACUAUCAGGGGCUUUAUGUCACUUUGGUGUCUCUGUUGGAUCUAGUGCCAUUGCUUCAACAUGGACAACAUGAUCUUGGACAAUCUAUAUUUUAUACAACCACGUGUUUAUUACCUUUCCUGAGCGAUGAUAUACUCAGCACUUUACCAUACACCAUGAUAUCAACGCUGGCCACCUUUCCUCCGUUCCUCCACAAGGAUAUCAUUGAAUAUCUGAGCACAUCGUUUCUACCUAUGGCUAUAUUGGGUUCUAGUAGAAGAGAAGGGGGCAUACCUGCACAUGUUAAUUUGUCUGCAUCUUCAAUGCUUAUGAUAGCAAUGCAAUACACCUCAAAUCCCGUGUAUCAUUGCCAGCUGCUAGAAUGUUUAAUGAAAUAUAAGCAAGAAGUGUGGAAGGAUUUACUGUAUGUAAUUGCCUAUGGGCCUUCCCAAGUCAAACCACCAGCUGUCCAAAUGCUGUUCCAUUACUGGCCGAAUUUAAAACCACCUGGUGCCAUAAGUGAAUACAGAGGACUGCAAUACACAGCAUGGAAUCCCAUCCAUUGCCAACACAUAGAAUGCCACAAUGCCAUCAACAAACCAGCCGUAAAGAUGUGCAUAGAUGCCUCGUUGUCUGUAGCCUUAGGAGAUAAGCCCCCACCUCUCUAUCUGUGUGAAGAAUGCAGCCAAAGAAUUGCAGGGGAUCACAGUGAGUGGUUGAUAGAUGUCCUCUUGCCGCAAGCUGAAAUUUCAGCCAUUUGUCAGAAAAAGAACUGCAGCUCCCAUGUUAGGAGAGCGGUGGUUACGUGUUUCUCAGCUGGAUGUUGUGGUCGUCAUGGAAACAGACCAGUUCGGUACUGUAAAAGAUGCCAUUCUUAUCAUCAUAGUAAUGAGGUUGGUGCAGCAGCUGCAGCAGAGACUCACCUCUUCCAGACUUCUCCACCUCCCAUUAACACACGGGAGUGCGGUGCUGAGGAACUGGUGUGUGCGGUGGAAGCUGUGAUUAGUUUGCUAAAGGAGGCCGAAUUCCAUGCAGAGCAGAGAGAACAUGAAAUGAACCGAAGGCGCCAAAUGGGCCUCUCUUCCUCGCAUCAUUCAUUGGACAACACAGACUUUGAUAACAAAGAUGAUGAUAAACACGAUCAGCGUCUUUUGAGUCAGUUUGGCAUUUGGUUUCUGAUUAGUCUCUGCACGCCGAGUGAAAACACCCCCACAGAAAGCCUGGCACGGCUGGUCAGCAUGGUAUUCCAGUGGUUCCAUUCUACAGCUUACAUGAUGGAUGAUGAAGUCGGAAGUUUGGUCGAGAAACUCAAGCCCCAGUUUGUCACCAAGUGGCUGAAAACUGUCUGUGACAUCCGGUUUGAUGUUAUGGUGAUGUGCCUUCUCCCCAAACCCAUGGAAUUUGCCAGGGUUGGAGGUUACUGGGACAAAUCGUGCAGCACAGUGACUCAAUUAAAAGAAGGUCUGAACCGAAUCCUCUGCCUCAUCCCAUAUAAUGUUAUUAAUCAGCCGGUGUGGGAAUGUAUCAUGCCAGAAUGGUUAGAAUCCAUCAGAACAGAAGUGCCAGACAACCAGCUGAAAGAAUUCCGAGAAGUCCUCAGCAAAAUGUUUGACAUUGAGCUCUGCCCUCUGCCUUUCUCCAUGGAAGAAAUGUUCAGUUUUAUUAGCUGUCGAUUCACAGGUUAUCCUUCCUCUGUCCAAGAACAAGCCCUGCUCUGGCUCCAUGUGUUGUCUGAAUUAGACAUAGUGGUUCCUCUCCAGCUGCUGAUUAGCAUGUUUUCUGACGGUGUCAACUCAGUUAAAGAGCUAGCCAACCAGAAGAAAGUAAGAGUCACUGAACUUGGAGGAAAUUUUCCUGGAAACAGGGGCAGCAUUGCCUCCGACCCAGGGCGUAGAAUUCAGCAUAAUAUGUUAAGUCCCUUCCCCAGCCCGUUCCACAGUCCUUUCCGAAGCCCUAUGCGGAGUCCUUUCCGAAGCCCCUUUAAAAACUACGGACCACCAACAGGGAGAACCAUCGAUUUUGACUGUGAUGAUGAUGAAAUGAAUCUGAAUUGUUUCAUACUUAUGUUUGACCUCAUACUGAAGCAGAUGGAGCUUCAGGAUGACGGGAUCACAUUGGGGCUGGAGAACAGCCUGUCUAAGGAUGUCAUCUCCAUUAUCAAUAACGUGUUCCAGGCCCCCUGGGGGGGCUCUCAUACCUGCCAGAAGGAUGAAAAAGCUAUAGAAUGUAGUCUUUGUCAGUCCAGCAUACUCUGCUAUCAAAUGGCUUGUGAACUUCUUGAACGUCUGGCUCCCAAAGUGGAGAUUAGGCUAGUGGAGCCGACAGAUAGUCUGGAGGAGAGUCUGCUCUUCUCCCGAGUGGAAUUUGUUAUUGGAAUCGAAGGAGAGGAAGAGGGAAAUCCUGAACACAAACAUGCUGAAAAUCCAGGCAUCAACACAUCACAGCCGGCAAACUCAACAAUCAAAAAUGACACCGACCGAAAAUUCAAUUACCAGCAACUUCCGGUGACACUUAAACUGAUUUACACUAUUCUUCAGGAAAUGGCCAAAUUUGAUGAACCCGACAUUUUGUUUAACAUGUUGAACUGCUUGAAGAUUCUCUGUCUGCAUGGAGAGUGCUUGUAUACCGCUAAGAAAGAUCACCUCCCAUUCCUAGCUUACAUACAGGAGCACAUGCUGAUUUCAAGCUUGUGGCGAGUUCUAAAAUCAGAGUUCUCGCAGCUUUCGUCCCUGGGUGUCCCACUUCUCCUUCAUGCACUGUCACUACCACAUGGUGCUGACAUCUUCUGGACAAUCAUCAACAGUAACUUCAACAGCAAGGAAUGGAAACUAAGGUUUGAAGCAGUGGAGAAAGUAGCUGUCCUCUGCCGAUUCCUGGACAUUCAGUCAGUCACAAAGAACCAUUUAUUAAAGUAUUCCCUUGCCCAUGCGUUCUGCUGUUUUCUGACUGCUGUUGAAGAUGUGAAUCCUGCUGUGGCCACAAGAGCUGGUCUCUUACUGGAUACGAUCAAGAGACCUGCUUUACAGGGCUUGUGCCUGUGUCUGGACUUCCAGUUUGAUACCGUGGUGAAAGACAGGCCGACCAUUCUGAGCAAACUGCUGCUACUUCACUUUCUAAAGCAGGACAUCCCGGCGUUGAGUUGGGAGUUUUUUGUUAAUCGGUUCGAUACUCUCUCUCUUGAGGCUCAACUUCACCUUGACUGCAACAAGGAAUUUCCGUUUCCUACAACUAUCACCGCUGUGAGGACAAAUGUAGCAAACCUUAGUGAUGCCGCCCUGUGGAAGAUCAAGAGGGCUCGAUUUGCACGCAACCGACAGAAAAGCGUGCGCUCCUUGCGGGACAGCGUAAAAGGGACUGGAGAAUCAAAGAGAGCGCUUUCCCUGCCUGAGACCCUGAGUACUAAAAUCCCUGUCAGGCUGACAAGACAUGAACAAUCUGCACCGGCACUAGGGGUCACCGCAGAGCAGGCACAAGCUCAACAAUCUCCAGAAAACGACAAUAUCAUUAAAGACCCUCUUCCGGAGGAUGCUGGGAUAGAUCAUCAGACUGUUCAUCAGUUAAUUACUGUACUGAUGAAGUUCAUGGCUAAGGACAAGAGCAGUGCUGAAGCUGAUAUCGGCAGCGCCAAAGCGUUUAACACCGUCAAACGCCACUUGUACGUGUUGCUAGGAUACGAUCAGCAGGAAGGCUGCUUUAUGAUUGCACCCCAGAAAAUGCGCACUUCGACUUGCUUUAAUGCAUUUAUUGCAGGAAUCGCGCAGGUGAUGGACUAUAACAUUAACCUGGGGAAGCAUCUCCUCCCGCUCGUGGUCCAAGUGUUAAAAUACUGCACCUGUCCACAGCUCAGACAUUACUUCCAGCAGCCACCUCGAUGUUCUUUGUGGUCCCUAAAACCACAUAUCCGACAGAUGUGGCUCAAGGCUUUGCUUGUCAUCCUUUAUAAGUAUCCGUACAGAGAAACCGACAUGAGCAAAAUUGUGCUUCACCUAAUUCACAUUACAGUAAAUACCUUGAAUGCCCAGUAUCAUAGCUGCAAACCUCAUGCCACCGCUGGACCACUUUACAGCGAUAAUAGCAACAUCAGCCGAUACAGCGAGAAGGAAAAAGAGGAGGACAGUGUGUUUGAUGAAUCUGAUAUCCACGACACACCCACUGGGGCAUGCAACAAGGAGUCACAAACCUUCUUUGCUCGGCUGAAAAGGAUCGGGGGGAGCAAGAUGGUGAAAUACCAACCAGUUGACAUGAAUGCUCAGAGAAGUGAAAUAGAAUUGGCUGAAUACAGAGAAUCUGGUGCUUUGCAGGACAGCAUACUGAGAUGUGUGAGAGAAGAAAGCAUACAAAAGAAAAAGCUGCGGUCCCUUAAGCAAAAAUCCUUGGACAUCGGAAACACGGACUCACUUUUGUUUACUUUAGAUGAGCAUCGUAGGAAGUCUUGCAUAGAUCGGUGUGAGAUUUCUGCUAAACUGAACGACUAUGGGAGAUCAAGGCAGAAUUCAUCCACCAGGCCUGAAAAUGUAGAUGCCAAUGAGAAUCCAUCAGCCAGAGAUUGUUUCCAUGAGACUCGGAGACCUGUAAUACCAGAGGUGAGGUUGAGUUGCAUGGAGACAUUUGAGGUAAAGGUGGACUCUCCAGUGAAGCCAACUCCUCAAAGAGAAGAUUUAGAUCUGAUUGAUUUGUCCUCCGAUUCAACAUCCGGGCCAGAGAAACAAUCUAUUUUAUCCACCUCGGACAGCGACUCUUUGGUGUUUGAGCCUCUGCCUCCCUUGAGAAUUGUGGAGAGUGAUGAUGAAGAAUUUCAACUAAUGAAUAAUGGAAGCAUUGUUGUCUCUGCUUCUUCAACUCCCAUCAAUACCUCGGUGCUGAGUCUAAGCAUGAUGCCACUGGUGCACGUAAGUAUAGAGGAUUGUUCUAAACCCUUCACGGCAAGGGAUUUCAGCUUUAAUCCAGCUUUGCAAAUAGAGGAUCUCCCUCCCAAUGCUCCAGAAGAUCAAAAAGACUUUGAAGAGUUGGCUAUGCCAGAGGACAUGCAAGAGGUCUCCAUUGGGAGUCCUCUAACUCUCAAACAAAAGCGAGACCAGCUGCGGAAGUCAUGCGCUCUUGCAGAGAUGUCCGUUGAUGAUAACUUUGAGGAAACACUGGAGGAUAAUAAGACUGCAGCAAAGAGUGUCCUUCUCAAUGUCCCAGAGGAUAUGGAAAAUCAAACCGACAGCGAGAAACCCGACGCCAUCAUUGAAUCGGACACGGAGCAGAACAUAGAACAGAAAGAAGAAGCUGAAGAGUCAGAAUUUAAAAUUCAGAUAGUUCCCAGGCAACGGAAACAGAGGAAAAUUGCAGUCAGUGCCAUCCAGAGGGAAUACUUGGACAUCACUUUCAACAUCUUAGACAAGCUGGGAGAACAGAAAGACACAGAGUCUGAGUCUAAAGGGCUUUCUAUACUGGAUAUGCCCAGAGAAUCUUCGUCUGCACCUACUUUAGAAGCAGGAGGCCCUGAAACCAGCAGCCGUUCAUCACUGACAACGCAAUACCGGCAAAUGAAAAGGGGGUCUUUAGGGGCUCUGACCAUGACACAAAUUAUGAAGAGGCAGCUUGAACAUCAGUCGAGUGCACCACACAACAUCAGUACCUGGGACCCAGAUGACCCCAAAACGGCUCAUGAGGUUCUUGGAAGUAUUUCGGAAGUGUCAAUGGGAAGAACUAGCAUACCAUACAUUCAAAUCGGGGCUACAAAGUCCAGUCUGCUCUCUGCUCCUAGUAUUGUCAGCAUGUUUGUCCCGGCUCCUGAAGACUUUUCUGAUGACCAACCUACAAUAAUGUCUGACAAGUGCCAUGACUGCGGGGCCAUUCUCGAGGAAUAUGAUGAGGAAACCUUAGGGCUGGCUAUUGUGGUCCUUCUGACAUUCAUUCAUUUAAGUCCAGAUUUGGCUGCGCCUCUCUUACUGGACAUCAUGCAGUCUGUGGGGAGGCUGGCCUCAAGUACAAAUUUCUCUAACCAGGCAGAAAGUAUGAUGAUCCCCGGGAAUGCUGCGGGAGUUGCAAAGCAAUUUCUCCGUUGUGUUUUCCACCAGUUGGCACCUAAUGGAAUAUUUUCUCAGCUCUUCCAGAGCAACAUCAAGGAUGGCAGCUUUUUACGAACCUUGGCCACAUCUUUAAUGGAUUUUAAUGAGUUGAGUUCCUUCGCUGCUUUAAGUCAACUUCUUGAGGGUUUAAAUAACAAGAAGAAUUUGCCGGCAGGUGGUGCAAUGCUACGUUGUUUGGACAAUAUUGCUACCUUUAUGGAGGCACUUCCAAUGGACUCACCUAGUAAUCUUUGGGCUACAAUCUGUAAUCAGUUCCAGACCUUCAUCACAAAACUGCCUUCUGUCCUUCCAUUAAAGUGUUCAUUGGACUCAAGCCUUAGGAUAAUGAUUUGUCUGUUGAAGAUACCAACAUCAAAUGCCACCAGGAGCCUGUUGGAACCCUUUUCCAAGCUGUUGAGUUUUGUUAUUCAGAAUGGCAUAUUCACCCUAGCAUAUCUGGUGGAGUUGUGUGGCUUAUGUUACCGUGCAUUUACUAAGGAAAGGGAUAAAUACUACCUAACCCGCAGCGUUAUCUUGGAUCUUUUGCAAGCCUUGAAAUUGAAGUCUCCUUUACCCGACACCAAUCUCUUACUGCUGGUUCAGUUUAUUUGUACAGAUGUUGGGACGAAACUUGCAGAAUCAACGAUAAUUCACAAGCAAAUGAUUGCUUCUCUACCGGGGUGCGGCACGGCAGCGAUGGAAUGUACACGGCAAUACAUUGGGGACAUUUUGGACUUUAUUGCUGACAUGCACACCCUAACCAAACUAAAGAGUCACAUGAAAACCUGCUCACAACCCUUGCACGAAGACACUUUUGGUGGACACCUUAAAGUUGGACUUGCACAGAUUGCUGCAAUGGAAAUAACACGGGGUAACCACAGAGACAAUAAGGCUGUGACAAGAUACCUGCCAUGGCUCUACCAUCCGCCCAUAUCCAUGCAACAAGGCCCUAAAGAAUUUAUUGAAUGUGUUUCACAUAUCCGCCUCCUUUCGUGGCUACUCCUGGGGUCCCUCACUCAUGGAGUUGUUUGUGUGAAUUCUCCUACUCCCUGUAUGCCGAUUCCCCUCGAUGCUGGCUCCCAGGUGGCCGAUCAUCUCAUUAUCAUUCUGAUGGGAUUUCCAGAGCAGUCCAAGACCUCUGUGCUCCACAUGUGUUCGCUUUUCCACGCUUUUAUCUUUGCCCAGCUCUGGACUGUAUACUGUGAACAGGCUGCAAUAGCCCCAGCCAUGCAGAACCAGAAUGAAUUCAGCUUCACAGCUAUUCUAACAGCCUUAGAAUUCUGGAGCCGAGUGACCCCCAGCAUUCUCCAGCUGAUGGCACAUAACACACUAAUGGUUGAAAUGGUUUGCCUUCACCUCAUUAGUCUUAUGGAGGCAUUGCAGGAGUGCAAUUCAACAGUUUUUGUCAAGCUAAUACCAAUGUGGCUACCAAUGAUCCAGUCCAAUUUAAAGCAUUUAUCAGCGGGCCUACAGCUGCGUCUCCAAGCAAUUCAGAAUAACGCCAACCAACAGAAUCUGCGAAUGCUACAGGGCUCGGCGCAGAUGACCCACAAUUCUGCAGUUCUACGUAAAUGGCUCCAGUGCACCCAGUUCAAGAUGGCUCAAGUAGAGAUCCAGUCUUCUGAGGCUGCCUCCCAAUUUUACCCUUUGUAGCUCUGAAAAUACGAGCUGAAACCAGCAGCACUGGUAACGCAAUCACAGAACACAGAUGGACAGCGUUUGACAGAUGGAGUGCAUUAGAUAUGGGCCAUCUAAUGCCCAUAUCCAGAGUUUAGACCUCAUUCUGUGGUUGUAGGAGAGACUGGAGUUGUAUUUUCAUGAUGUGGUUCAUGCAGGGCUCAUGUUCUGAAGAAUGCAAUGAGAUUUGUAAAACCCUUUGUCCUCUCAGGAUAAUGGUACAAAGAGAGCCCCUUUAUGUUAUUGGACUCCUACACAUGCUAUACCUAUAUAUGUUGGGUGAGCAAUGUGUGAAAGCAGAAUAUAAAAGGCAGGCAUGGCAGUAACUUUAAGAAAAUUGUAUUAGAGGACAAAUGAAUACCAAAGAAACCAGCGUUAACAUCUAAAUUCUAUACAUUAUCCCACAAUGCACUACAUACAGAGGUUCUAUAUGUAAAUGUUAAAGCCACAGUGAAUCUCUUUUUGCUAAUUGUGCGUUUCCAUAACAUCUCUUUUGAUAAUACAACUACAUGGGUUUUCCUCUAAGUAUGUUGCAACCCUAGAGAAUUUAUUUAUAUUUAUAUAGUGCAGUCCCAGUUCAUCUGGGAUUAAGAGCAUUCGUAGAUGUCUUGUAACCCAAACAGUGCAAUCCUAGGAGAUGUCUUGUGGCCCAAACAGUGCAAUCCUAGGAGAGAUGUCUUGGCCAGAACAUUGCAAUUUUAGCAGAUAUUUUCUCUCCAGAACAGUGCAAUUAUAGCAGAUAUCAUCUUGUCAGAACAAUGCAAACCUAGGAGUCGACCUCCAGUCAGAAUGGUCCAAUCCUAGAAGUUAUCUUCUGGUCAAAACAGUGCAAUCCUAGGCAGUACUUCAGGCCUGAGUGGAAAUAACACAGGAGUGAAUCAUGCACUCCUAAGAUAUAUUUUCUGUGAAUAUUGCUAUCAAAGGAGCCAAUUUUCAGAAUCAUUCAGUAUUUGGAGAUAUCUUUUUUGAGAAUAAUGUGAUCCCGACAGUAUCUUCAGGUAAAGCAUAAGGCAAUCUUAUGAGAUUUCUUUGCAGGAGAUAUUUUCUAGGAAUAACGCAUUUCUAGGCGAUAUGGGAGUCAACAACAUUUCUGUGUUAAUGCACAGAUAUACAAGCCUAAAUGAUAUAGAGAUAUGCAUGAAUAUGCCAGAAUAAUCCAACCAGCAUCUAAUCGUAGUUUUCAUUUAUGGCCAGUGACCCACCAUGCAUUUCAGAAGAAAGGAAAAUAUUGAGAUGUCAAAUAGUGUACCAUCAAUUUUGGCUAGGAUUUUAUGUUUAAUCCAGAUUACAAUCUCCUAUAUCAAGCCCGAGCACUCCAAACUGAUUGCUGCUAAAUAGAUUACAACAUUGUAGUCAUUCCUUCUGGAAACUGUGCCAAAUUAAAUGUGUUGCUAAAUGUUUUGCACCAUUGCACAGUGACAGCUCUCUCAGGCUAGAUCCUUCUAGGUAAGACAUAUAUUCCUGUUUUAUAAAUAGAAAUAUACAGGGCCAAAUGCACACAGCUCUAGAAAUUUAUGUAAGAGUUAUAUACAGUAUUUAAAUAUAUUUAUGUAGAGGAAAAGGAGCUAGAUCACUAUUUCUAAAUACGUUUAAAAAGAAUAAUACAUGAUUUAUAUACAGAGUAAGUAUAUCCUGCAUUAACUAAAGAUGUUUAUAGAAUAAUUUUAGAUGGAUUUGUCUUUCUGAAUCAAGUUGGUAAACUAUUGCCCAACUAGUGGAGGGCAAUGGGAUUUGCAGCCCAGUAGCAAACAAAGGUUUUAACUUUGGGUAUUGGGAAUAAUAGUAGAUGAACCCAAUUCCUAUCUUCACACUUCAUAGGAUGAAAAAUAUAAGAUUGCAUGCUGUUUAGAGCAGGCAUCAGAAAAACAGAUCAUGCAUAUUGGUUUUCAUUCACUAGCCUCUUCUAAAGAUGUUAGUAGGGGUCCAUCCCCUUAUGAUGAUUAGAACCUUACUGAAAAAUGUACAAUUGGCUGUACUAAUGGAGGCAAUUUACUGGGAUUAUCCUAUUCUACAGUCUUAGAAAACAUCUUUUAAAUAACAGAAUGUCACGUUUUACUGGAGAGACGUCUUACCAACCCGUAAACUUAGAACUAUAUCGGGGUGACUCACCAACUGAUGCUUUCCUAAACGUCAUAUUAUUUAAUAUUGCCGAGGGUUUGGAAGUUAGUCACUGGGUGCAAAGCCAGCCCUACACAGCUACAAAAAAUAAGGAUGCUUCUCAUACAGUGUUUAUAGUCACUGACAACAGCAUUAUGGUAUUACAUAAUUUUUGUAAAAUACAUUUUUUUUUUUUUUUUUUUUUUUUUAUCUCCGUAGCCUUUGGUUUGGGCUCUGUGAGCUGAAGGUCACUGUGUGGCACUCUCUUGUACCCAAUUACAAAUGGAUGUGUUGUAUAUCAAGGAUGGUACCUUGCUGGCCUGC